AUGGGUGAGCAUCGAGCCUUGAAAAGGGCAUCAAGAAUUACAUCAGAUAUUGCAAAAGCAAGGAUGAAUUUGAUUUAUGGUCAGGACAGAAUCGAAGAUUCAUUGUUCCUACAAUACGUUGUUGCCAAUCCUCCGGAUUACAUUCAAAAUUUUCUUCGUCAUAUUGUUUCUAAUAUUUUAGUGAUUCUGACGAAACGAGAUGUAAUGUAUUAUCCCACCUCCUAA